GUGGGGACCAGACUAGCCCAAGUCCUCUAGCUGCACUGGCCGCCAUGGGGCUGGGGCUGCCACUCCCAUUGUUGCUGUUCUGGAUUGGGGGGAUCCAUGGGUCCAACCUGGACCCCAAAGGGCAACAUGUCUGCAAGACCAGCAGCCCCUCUGCUGAGGUCCAGUGCUGCCCGGGCUGGAGGCAGAAAGAUCAAGAAUGCACCAUCCCCAUCUGCGAAGGGUUAGACGCCUGCCGAGAAGGGGAGGUUUGUGUGAAACCAGGCCUCUGUCGGUGCAAACCUGGAUUCUUCGGGGCUCUGUGCAAUUCCUCUUGCCCAGGCCAGUACUGGGGUCCUGACUGCCGUGAGCUCUGUGCCUGCCACCCACACGGCAAGUGUGAGCCGGCCACAGGCAUGUGCAGCUGUCAGGCCAAUCGCUGGGGCGACAACUGCCAGUUUGCAUGUUCCUGUGACAACCGCCAUGGACUCUGCGACCCCAAGACUGGCACGUGCCACUGCGAGCCUGGCUGGUGGUCGUCCACGUGCCAGCGCCAGUGUCAGUGCAGCCAGAGUUCGAGGAGCUGCGACCCAGCCACAGGAAUCUGCCUGUGCAAGCACGGCUGGUGGGGUCGCCGCUGCAGCUUCAACUGCGACUGCAACGGCUUGCCAUGUGCACAGGAGUCGGGCCGCUGCACCUGCCCGCCGGGCUGGUGGGGCCUCAAGUGCCAGCACCGAUGCAAAUGCGUGAGGGGCAACUGCAGUGUCAACUAUGGCCAUUGCACCUGCCCGCCGGGCUUCCAUGGCCAGCACUGUGAGCUGCCCUGCCCUGCGGGCACCUAUGGCCCACAGUGCAGACAGAGUUGCGGUCACUGCAAGCAGAAUGAGCCCUGCUCUGCAGACACAGGCAACUGUCUCUCCUGUGAGCCAGGCUGGAACGGGACCCAGUGCCAGCAGCCCUGUGCAGCCGGCACCUUUGGUGAGAGCUGCAGGCAGCAGUGCCCCCGCUGCUGGAUGGGGGAGGCCUGUCAGCCAGACACUGGGCACUGUCAGCGCUGUGAUCCUGGCUGGUGGGGGCCCAGGUGUGAAGACCCUUGCCCGGCUGGCAGUUUUGGAGAGGGCUGUGACUCUACCUGCCCCAUCUGUGUUCACGGGGCCUGUGACACUGUGACUGGAGAGUGUGUCUGCAAUGUCGGCUUCUGGGGGCCCAGCUGCAACAAUUCAUGCCCAUCUGGCUUCCAUGGAAACAACUGCUCUGUGGCCUGCGAAUGUCCAGAGGGAUCCUGCCACCCUGUCUCUGGGGCCUGUCAGAUGGGAUCUCGUAGUCGGGAUGCCACCCUCAUAGCAGGCAUCCUUGUGCCACUGCUGCUGCUGCUCCUGGGCAUCGCCUGCUAUGCCUGCUGCUGCUGGGCUACCCGGCGGGGCUACAAGGAUAGGCCAGUGAGAAAUGGAGCUGCUGUGUCCAGGAUGAAGCUGCAGGUCUGGGGUGCACUGAGCAACCUGGGCUCUAUGUUCCCCUGUGGUUCUCUCAGCAAUCACAAGCUGCCCUGGGUGACAGUCUCACACCACGACCCAGAGGUUCCCUUCAACCACAGUUUCAUCGAGCCACCCUCUGCUGGCUGGGCCUCGGAUGACUCCUUCUCUUCUGACCCUGAGUCUGCAGAGGAGGAUGAGGGUCCAGCCUAUUGCGUGCCACCACAAGAAGGUAUAGGCCCUGUGGCUCAAGCUGACUCACUGAAGGCCAACCUUCCUGGAAGUCCCUUACCACUCCCUGAGGAUGCCUCCACACCAUUCGCCAUCCCACGCACUUCCAGCCUAGCCAGGGCCAAGCGACCUUCGGUCUCCUUUGCUGAGGGCACCAAGUUUGCACCCCAAAGCUGUCGAAGCUCUGGGGAGCUCUCUAGCACACUCCGGAAACCAAAGAGGCUCUCCCGGGGGGCCCAGCCAGGUCCUGAAGGCCAGGAGGCUAAAGAGUCCACAGGUCCAGAGCAAGCAGGAAAGGAAGAAGUCCCUCCUGGUGUGACCAGCCCCAGGGACUCAGCUGUUGGCCGAUGCUGGCUCCCUCUUGGUAGUCGGACAGUGGCUGAGCGUGUGGAAGCUAUUGAGAGCAAUGUCCAGGAGAGCUCAGACUCCGUGACCACAAUCUACAUGCUGGCAGGGACUCCUCAGGGACCUGAGGGUCCUGUUCGGUCUGUCCUCCGUCGUUUUGGUAAUUUCCAGAAAGGCCAGGCAGUGCCCAAGGUCAAGAGUGCCAUCCCCAAGCCUCCACGAAGGGCCUUGAGUCGGCAGAAGGGUAGCCCGGGGCUGACCUCUGGAUCUGCAAAUCAGAGCCCUCGCUCAGCACCCCCAAAUGAGGAACUUCCUGGGACCUUGGAAUCUGCAUCAGCCAGGCCAGAGGAAGUGGUCAGUGGUAUGGGGGAUGACAUAAAAAAUUCAGGGCAGGCCCAGGAGCCAGCCCCUGAGGGUAGCUCCCCUGAACAGGAGUCCCAGAAGCUGGUUGAAGAAGGACAGGGAGAGCCCCAGUAUGAGAAUGUGGCACCCAUCUCUGUGCACCCAGUGCACUGAGAACUUUCCGUUUGGAGAAUGAGGAGACUGUGGGCGGGGUACAUUCAAAGUGCCCCUGGGUCAGACUGUGUAUGUGCUGGAACAAAGACCCAGAGCCAGAAAAAGCAUACCAGAGCCUUGCCCUUCCAUAAGGAUAAGUCAAGAGUUGGAUCCAGUUGGCGCCAAGCCUCUAGAAGCUGUGGCUUUCUGGAAUGGUCUGGAAGGAUGGGAUCAGGAAAGGGAGAGAUAGGCACAGGGACAUGUUUCUUUUCUCUGUUGUCCUGGACUCUUGUUUUCCCCAAAGGCUAUUUCCACCCCCACUACCCUCCCAUCCCGCAUUUAGAAAGCAUUUCUUUCUGAAAUGGAAAGCAACCUAAAUGUCUGCUGAUAAAAGAUUAGUUAGACAGAUAUUUCUGAUACUAUGUUCAUUUAAUCCAGUGUGCCACCACCGACUCCCUAGACAGAUAUUUCUUAUGACAGGUUCCUGGAUAUCUCUUAGAGGAACUAUUGUGCAAGAAGAUAUUUGACCUAGGAGAAUGUUUAUGCCUUAACUGUUAAGUGUGAAAAAUUAAGUUUUCUUUUUAUACAUUUCAUUUCUCUUUGCUUCAGAUAUUCAGGAUACAUGUUUAGACCUUUUCUUCUUCUUCUUCUUCUUUUUAAAAUAUAUUUUGUAUUUUCUAUAACUUUUUUUUUAAAAAAAAUGUAUGUUUAUUUAAUUGUAUUUUUAGUUGAGAGAAAGGCAUCAAAUAACAUUUUUCUCUGGGAGGUGAGAUUAGGUCUUAUAUUUAUUUUUAUCUUAAGUUUUUGUAUAUUUUGUAAAUUGUUUUUUAUUGCCACUAAGAUUAUCUCUGGGGCUUAGUGCCAGCACUACGAAUUCACCACUCCCAGUGGCCGUUUUGCUUUUUUCUUUUCUUUUUUUGUUUCUAGUUUAUUUGAUAGGACAGAGAGAAAUUGAGAGGGAAGAGGGAGACAGAGGGGGAAAGAAAAAACAGACAUCUGAAGACCUGUUUCACUGCUUGUGGGGGCUCGAACCCUGGUCAUUGCACAUGCAAAUAUGUCCACUUAAUUAGGUGUGCCACCACCUGACCCCUGUAAAUUUUCUGUAGUGAAUAGUCAUUUCACUAGAUUCAAUUUUUAGUAAAAUUAUUUUUAAAAACUUCACAAAGUGCAAGGACCAGCAGCGGAAGGAUCCUGGUUCGAGCCCCCAGCUCCCCACCACAGGGGAGUCACUUCACAGGCGGUGAAGCAGGUCUGCAGGUGUCUGUCUUUCUCUCCCCCCUGUCUUCCCCUCCUCUCUCCAUUUCUCUGUCGUUUCUAACAGCAAGAUAAAUAACAACAACAAUAACUACAACAAAAAUAAGAAACAACAAGGGCAACAAAAGGUAAAAUAAAUAAAUAAAUAUUAAAAAUUUUAAAAAGGGAGUCGGGCGGCAGCAGGUUAAGUGCAUGUGGCGCAAAGUGCAAGGACUGGCAUAACGAUCCUGGUUCGAGCCCCUGGCUCCCCACCGGCAAAGGAGUCACUUCACAGGUGGUGAAGCAGGUCUGGAGGUGUCUUAUCUUUCUCUCCCUCUCUGUCUUCCCCUCCUCUCUCCAUUUCUCUCUGUCCUAUCUAACAACGAUGACAUCAAUAACAACAUCAACUAUAAAAAGACAACAAGGGCAACAAAAGGGAAAGUAAAUAAAAUUUAAAAAAACCUUCAGUGGUAGUUAAAAAGAAAAAAACAGCACUAACAUUACAGCUAUGCAUAAAUUUAGUAAAUAUGAGAUUUUUUUUUCUUCCCAGUGGAGUCUGAAGGAUAAAGUAGAUGUUAGGCAUGUCUUUGAUCUUGUUUUGAAUUCUUUCCUCACAUACUUUCAUUGCCUAGCCAGGACAUAAAGAGUAGCUUUCCUUUCUAUCCCAGUGCUCAGAGAAUUCCAUUAACAGCCUAGGUGCUUCCUUUCUGAUUUUUUUCCUGUAUGUGCACAUAUAAACAAAUAUUUCAAAAACAAACAAAACAGCAUACUAAACAUAGUUUCUUUUCUACUUACAAUAUAUCCUGGCUAUCUUUUGCUGUCAGUAAAUACAAAGCUGCCUCUUUUCAUUUAACAAAAUGACUAAAAGAAAUUCCAUUGUGUGGAAAUAACACAGGUUAUACCAUCCAUACUCAUGGGGACUUGGGUUAUUUCUGAUUGUUUUGAAACACUAAGUAAUGCAGUGUACAACUUUAGCCAUAUUUCCUUUUGCACUUGUGCAAGUUUUUAAAAUAUUUUUAAAAGAUUUUAUUUAUUUAUUCAUGAGAAAUGAUAAGAGAAAGAACCAGACAUCACUCUGGUACACAUGCUGCCGGGGACUGAACGCAAGACCUCAUGCUUGAGAGUCCAGUGCCACCUACCGGACCACCAUUUGUACGGGUUUUUCUAGAAAAUUUUUCCUUUUGCAUUUGUGCAAUUUUUCUUUUUUUUUUUAAUUUUUUUAUUAUUAUUUAUUUUCCCUUUUGUUGCCCUUGGUGUGUUUUUUUAUUGUUGUAGUAGUUAUUAUUAUUGUUUUUGUUGAUAUCGUUGUUGUUAGAUAGGACAGAGAGAAAGGGAGAGAGAUGGGGAAGACAGAGAGAGGGAGAGAAAGACAGACACCUGCACACCUGCUUCACUGCCUGUGAACCGACUCCCCUGCAGAUGGGGAGCUGGGGGAUCAAACCGGGAUCCUUAUGCCACGUGCGCUUAACCUGCUGCACUACCGCCCGACUCCGCAAUUUUUUCUAUAGAAGAUAGCAUAAGAGGGUUGGGCAGUAGCGUAAAUUGUUGAGAAGUGCCCUGAUUAAAAGAAAAAAAAAAAAAGGAAUAAAGUAAGUAAAAUUAAAAAAAAAGGGAUUUUAAGAAAUGGAAUUUCUGGGUUAUGUGCUAAGAACAUUAAGGUGUUUUUGUUUUUUGUUUUUUUCCUCCAGAAUUAUUGCUGGGGCCCAGUGCUGACACUACAUGUCCGCUGCUCCUGGUGGCCAUUUUCUGAGAGAGAGGGGAGAUAGGGGAAGGGGAAGACAGAAACCUGUGACCUGCUACACCAAUUGUGAAAUGACCCCCCUGCAGGUGUCGGGGGGCUUGAACCCAAAUUCUUGCACGAAUCCUUGCACUUCAUACUAUGUGCACUUAACCCAGUGCACCACUGCCCAGCCCCCACAUUAAACAUUUUUGUACUUUAGAUCGUUUUUCAAAGAAAUUGUGGCUUUUUAGUUUUACAAAUUAUAGUAUCUUUAAAAAAUAGUAUCUUGUGGUCUGGGAGGUGGUACAGUGGAUAAAGCACUGGACUCUUAAGCAUGAAGUCCUGAGUUUAAUUCUUAGCAUCACAGGUACAGAAUGAUUUUGUGUACCUCUCAUUCCCUUUCCUCUUUCUCAUAAAUAAAUAAAUCUUUUUCAAAAAUUAA